AUGAUACUUCGCGCUUGUAUCAAGUGCAAGCGGUUUGAAGAGGUGAGUGGCCGGUUUGGGUGGUAGCAGGGAUCAGGCCCGUAACUAGGAUUUUAUAGAUUUACCCAGUCGAGCCUUCGGGCCCCAGAAAAUCAUAGUGUUUGAUUUUCUAAGGCUUAGAAACGCGAUUUCCUGCAUUCUGGGAGCAAUUUCAAUAACUGAAAAUCAGCAAUGAUAAACAGUGACUCAAUGACUAUAAUUUCAUAGUCUUCCUGCAAUCUGGGAACAAUUUCAAUAAAAAAUCAAUAAUGAUAAAUAUAGUGACACAGUGACUAUAAUUUCAUAGUCUUCGUGCAUUCUGGGAGCAGUUUUAAGAAAAAAUCAAUCGCAUAAAUAGUGACACAAUGGCUAUAAUUUCAUAGUGUGUCUCACAAUUGUACUACAAGUAUCCAAUCAUAAAAAUUCAAGUACUCUUGAUCCAACACGAUCAGGUGCAUAAUAAAAAACGUGUUUGUGGUAAUAUAUUUGGGACGCUAAUUCGUACUUCUACACUUCAUCAGAAAUUGAAUAAAUUUCAUGCAGGAUCUGUUUUUUCUAAAUUUGAAGUCUUAAUCCUAACUGUUUUGAAUUGUUUUCACAAAAAAUCUUACCGGUUAACUCAUAGCGCUGAGUACAGCUUUUUCUAGAUUAUACUUUAUUCAGUGACAGCAUUGGGAAAUCCAAAACAGGAAAAUUUACGAAUUUGUUAAUGGAAAAAUCAGUGACAGUACCUCAAAAUACACUUUGUCUUUAAAUCGUACACAAAAUUAAAUGCCACAUCCUUUUAUUCAUUUCAUUAUUUGAUAAGAAACUAUAUUAAAUAGAUUUAAACUUUUUGCGUGCAUGCAGUAUACCGCACGCUUAACUGGAAGCGGCCUUUUGGAUAAAACGCUUAACUGGAAGCGGUCUUUUGGAUAUGUAUGUUAUUGGCAUGAAUAGGAAUGCUUCGGGUUGGAAAUUUUAGUGAUAAGAAUAUGAACGUUCGAAAACAAUUAAUAUUUUAGGAUAUUUAAGGUCAAAGUUAAAAAGUUACUUUACAAUAAUACUUAUAUAACAUUGCAAUAAAGCUUGAUUUCGUUUGGCUUGUUUUGCACAAAAAACAAGCCUAAAUUAGUACAAUUAACGUUUUAAAUUAAGGUGGCUUGAUACAGUUUUCAAAAACUUCAGAUGUCAGAUAACAUUUUGACAGUUUUAAACGUCGUAAGUUUUAUGAAUGCGUGCAGCAGAUAUCAGGAUGUUCAUCUAAUUUAAUGUUUACGAAAUUCACUCGAAAAUAGCCAAUUGCCAUGUGUAAUAGUUGGAAAAGAAGCCGGUGGCUCCCAAUUUUUUUCGUCCGCUAUUUCACUUAGAACAUGGACUAACAAUAAGCAAAGUAUAAAAGUUUUGUAAUGCCAUUUUUCUAAAAAACGCAAAAAUGUAGUUUUCUUCGAUAAAAAGAUUUAGCACUAUGCAGAAUCAGUUUUUUUUAUUUCUCGUAUGUUGAAAGACUUUUGCACUUUGCAGAACAAUAAGUGUACAAAAUUUUAACACAGGCUAUAGUUACCGAAAAAAGCGCACUAUUCUAUAAUUCUAAGUUUUGAAGGAUUUGUAAGAAAUGUUUGUGUGGACAGAGUAGACUUAGUGUUUAACACUCAGUCAGACUCAGUCAGCUUCCUCAAACAUUUCUUACAAAUCAUUCAAAACGUAGGAUUUACCCAUGCAAAAUUUCCACUGUGAUCACAGAUUAACUUUGAUAGUGCAUGUAAAUCAGCACUUGGAUUAUGCGUUCACAACACGCGAGAGCGGUUUGAAAACGGCACAGGAAAGUCACAAUAGGGCCAUCAGUAUACGAGCGAAAAUAAGCCGCGGCCUAAAUAAGCCGCGGCUUAAAUAAGUCGCGAACGACUCGUAUAAACAGUCAAUUCGCAAUAAGCCGCGGCUUAUUUAGGCCUAGCUUUCAAGCCUGGGCUUAUUUUAGCCGCGGCUUAUUGCAAAUUGACUGUUUAUAGGCUACGAGUCGUUCGCGACUUAUUUAAGCCGCGGCUUAUUUAGGCCGCGGCUUAUUUUCGCUCGUAUAAAUGGCCCUAAUUAGGCCCCCUUUACACGAACCCGGGCUGAUUUUCAACCCGGGUCAGCACGCCACAGGAGGUUAUUUUUUUUAUUCUGUUUACAUGAACCCGGGUUGACGACAAUUUGCCAACCCGGGUCAGCAAUUCUCAACCCGGGCUGACUCGAGUAAUAUUCCGAGCAACAGACUGGAGCAGAGUGUAUUUUUAGCGCUUAUAUCCCUUAAAAUCCCUUAUAGACCUCAUACGAUAUUAUUACGAUUAUAUACCUUUUAGUUUUGGCGCUUAUAUCUUUCAGUAUACAAUUAUAUCCCUUUUUAUCAAGGAUUUAACCGUAUAGCAACUUAAUUCUGCCUUAAAGACGUUUUCUUCCCUUUUUUCCUCGUUAUUUUGUACUGGAAGAUCUACUGGGCAAAAAUAUUCGGCAUCGCCGAACGCCAACGCCAGACCUUCGCGCAACUUUGAAUACAUUGCGACAACAUCGGAGUUGAAAUCUACAUUUUUAUAAUUUAUCUCCGUCUUAUAAUCCUUCAGAGAAAGGAUUAGGUGAUCAAUAAUUUCAGACCACCACUGAAACGCGGGUUGUGCAUUUUUUCUUUUGGUUUUGGACUGUUUUUACUCGCCAUACUGUAUGAUUUUAAAUGUCUGUACCAAACAGAGACGGAGAAAAUACGCACGCAAAAUGUUGAAAUGCGAUAUGACGCUAGGUGCAAAGUUCACAAUCAGGAAUUUACCUCACUUUACAUGAACCCGGGUCAAGCCAACCCGGCUUUACAUGAAGAAAUGAGUAAAAUUUUCACGCGUUCACACCUCGCCAACCCGGGUCGACCCGGGUCUCGAGAAGGGUGCCCCGGGUUGGCGAGGUGUGAACGGUUGACCCGGCUAUCGUGUAAACGCUAAUAGAGAUUUAUUCGUAGACGGGUUGACCCGGGCUGGCAAGCCAACCCGGGUUGAUAGACAACCCGGGCUCGUGUAAAGGGGGCCUUAGUCGUUGCGUUCACACCACACCGAAACUGUUCAGAAAACGUCACUUGACCGUAACAAUUUGAGCACGGUUUCUAAACGAAGCGAGAUGAAAACGGAGAGCUUGGCGGCUUCGUGUGGACACAAACGCCGUUACUUUUUUGUACCGCUUGCAAACCAAGCAUCUCGGAUCUCAAAACAAUAAAUUCGAAUGCUUUUCGUUCAAAUUUCUUUGCUCUAUGUGAGAUAUUUUGGGUUUACAUGAGUGCUAAUUUAAUUUGUAAACAAACGUGCAUGAACACUGAUGACAAUAGAGAGGUUAAGACACCCCGUUUUCGGUGUACGGGUACGAGUAGUGUCAUCUUGUUUUACUGAUGUCUGCAAUUCGAUCAUACUUUUUCUGUUUUCUUGCAUAUAUAGACAAUGAUAUAAUGCGAAAAAUGUGCACCUUAAUCACGAGUAUAGGUACAGACAUCGACGAAAAUAUUGCUAACCAAAAUCAUGCUACUCGUACCCGUACACCGAAACCGGGGUAUCUUAACCUCUCUAUUAUUUACUCCGGUGUAGUCUGGACGUGGUUUUAAACGUCUUGAACCUUUGUGAUCAAUAAUUUCAGGUGAACAGGCAGUUCAAACGGCCGACAAGAUUUGGCAUACGUCGCCAUACAAGAGAUGGCAAUUCUACUUCUCAAACACUGUGUGCUGGCCAUCAAACAACCAUGCGAAGCUCACUAAAAGGAAGUCUUAAAGAAGAGGGUACUAUUAAGUCAUCACGGCGUGCCGAGAGCAUCGGGCUCAAUACAAUACAUCCAAAAGAAAUUCAAGUCAGUAUUAUCGAUGCAAAUUCAAAAUGA